UGUGUUGUGUGUGGUGGCAAAUUGAUAAUUUUUGCAAUGACUGGUAACCGCUGAAUUAAUUUUUGUAUUUGAUCUUUAAUUUGGUAAACCAAGGAUUACUUUUUAUUUAUUGACAAGGUUUUUAAUUCUCGACCGAAUUAUGAUUGAAAGCGAUAGUCCAAUUUUCCAGACUCUUCUGGGUACAUUAUUUACAUGGGGUAUGACAGCAGCAGGAGCCGGUUGUGUUGUUUUCAUCAGCGGAACUCAAAGAGUGCUUCUAGACGCCAGUUUAGGGUUUGCUGGAGGUGUCAUGAUGGCCGCAUCGUACUGGUCGUUGUUAGCCCCUGCGAUAGAGAUGGCUGAGGACUCUAAACAAUACGGAGAUUUUGCCUUCCUGCCUGCCGCCAUCGGUUUCUUCCUGGGCAGUCUGUUUGUUUAUGCGAGUGAUGUGUUGAUAACAGCUUAUGGCCUACAGUCUGCUGGCGUAAUGCUUGCUUACGGAACCAAUGGAUACAACAAGAAGAUGGAUGGUUAUCAGUCAUACCCCAAUGAUGAUGAGAGACCAAUAGACACAACAACAGUGGAGGGUUUCUAUGAGGACCCGUUCUCUGGGACCCGACGCAGGGCCCAGUACACAGCUCCUGCGUCACCCCCACCAUGUACAGCCCCCACCACAGACCCCCGCACACAGUGGAAGAGACUGUUGCUGCUCAUUGUAGCCAUCACAGUCCACAACAUACCCGAGGGUCUUGCCGUGGGAGUGGGAAACGCUGCCAUUGGAUCAACACCCUCGGCAACUUAUCAGAGUGCUAGAAAUCUGGCCAUAGGCAUAGGACUGCAGAACUUUCCUGAGGGUCUGGCUGUCAGUCUGCCUCUGAAGACAGCUGGCUUCUCAACCUUCCGCAGCUUCUGGUAUGGCCAGCUGAGUGGCAUGGUGGAGCCUGUGGCCGGUCUGAUAGGAGUCUUGGCCAUUUCUCUGGCCCAGCCUCUGCUGCCCUACGCCUUGGCCUUUGCUGCUGGGGCAAUGAUCUACGUAGUCUUCGAUGACAUCAUUCCAGAAGCUCAUUCAAGUGGCAAUGGCAAAGUGGCUACAUGGGGAGCUAUUGUCGGAUUUCUGGUGAUGAUGAGUCUAGAUGUAGCACUGGGGUAGACCUACACAUCUACACAUCUACAACCUGGACUGUGAACAUUCUCCUUUAGGUAUCAGUACCUAGCAAUUCGCCUUCCGUGUACAGUUGUGUAUUCAAGCAUUUUAGACCUCUGUCGAUUUCGUAUAUUAACUAAUGUUCAUUUUUUGUUUUAUUUGCUUUUUUUAGUCAAGGUAUAAAAUGAUCUACAAUGUUUUAAAAUUGUAUUUGAGUUAUGUUUUCAUGAGUUGUAAAUUGACCUAUUGUAUUGUUGUAUGGUAAUUAUUGUUUAUGAUUUGAUUUAGUUAACCUUAAUCUUUUUCAGUUUGUAUCAAGUGCUAAUCCAUUUAGGAAAUUAGUCAAUUAUAAAACAGAUUUUACACAUUUGCAUAUAAAAAACAUUAUUUAUUUUUAUUUCUGUUUAUUUUAAAAUUAUUAUCAGUUAAUGUAGUCUAUUUAUUUUUAAAUUGUUAGUUCAGGUGGUAAAAUAAAUUACAGCUCAGAUUAUUAACUACAAUCUGCUGAGAUAAGUUUAGACACUUAAACAUCAUUUUGAUAAUUCAUUAUUAAGUUAUCAAUGUAGUAAUUUUUCCAAAUUUUCCACAAAGCUAUAACAGUCAUUAUAUAGUCCUUAAAUAAAAGUCAAUUAUAUAAUAAUUAAAAUUAAUGUGUUAUACCAGUUUUAUCAUUUUUAGGUCUGUGUACAUUGAUGAUAGUUAUUCAUAGUGCUUCAGAUUAUCAUUUUUUGCUUGAAAUUAAAUUGAUUUUGUUUUGUCCAAAGAUGUAUAAGAAAUUUUAGAUUAAUUGUUAUUUCAAUAAGUUCAAUUUGAAUAAUAGUGAAUUUUGUUAAAGUUCCUAGUAGGUACAGGCAGAUGUAUCCUCUAUUUAUUUUAACUAAUUUAUUGUGUUUUAUCUUAGACACAUAAAAUGUCCUUUUAUGAUAUUUCUUUUUCUUUUGUGUUUUAUCACAUUUACUAGUCCUCAUAAUAUUGAUGUAUACCAAACUACUUAAUAGAGUUUAUUUUAUCAUAAUUGUUAGUUGUAGUGUAACUUCUUAAUUGUAUAAGGCUGAAAAGUCCUUAAUAAAGGACUUAACCCAUGGGGUUUUUUGUAUUUCUUGUUAUGUGUAUCGACCGGUAUGUAUUUCCAUAGAAAUAUUUUAACAUAGGAAAUACAUUUUUAUCCAUUUUUGGAACAGGUCUUUUCAGAAUGAGACAGAAACCAUUGGCUAAAAUCUUUUAGGCAAUAAAGCAUAAUAGACAGUGUUUAAUAGUUUUCCCUGGUUUUGGUAAAGUGUUAAACUUACUUUUAUGGUUAUUCCUCCUCAAUUCUGUGAUUUCAGUUUAUUUUGUGAUAUUUUCUGGUAGUUUUUAAUCUAUUAGAAUGAAUGGAACAUAACCAACAGGUAAUUAACACAAAAUGCUGCAUUUUUCCUUAAACUCUGCAAUCCAUACAUUAUUAGCAUUAAUCAAGAAGAAUAUCUUAACAGCGGAAAUAACAUACUCUAUCAAUGUGCUUGUUUCAGUCAAUUAUUACUUGUUUCGACCAAAGGCCUUAAUGUAGUUAUAGAUCAAAUAGAGGUGCCCCGUAAGUAAACAGCCAAACUCCGGGAAAUGUUUCCUUCGGUUAAAAUAAAAAUAACAUCCAGAAUUAAAAGUUUUUUUUCCAAAAUCGCUUCGUUAACCAGAUAUCCACUAUUUUCUAUUUUUAACAUAAACAUUUUUAUCAUUGAAUUGUGUCAACCCAACCGGUCUCAAUGAAUCUUGGUUUCUAUGUUAAGGUAGAAGAGAUCCAUCUUAGAAAAAAAGUAACUUUCAUCCAAUUCAAAAUGGCGGCCAUUUACAUUGUUUUUCAUCCAAAUUACUAAAAAAAACAGCAGAUUUUAUUAAAAAAUGUCAAGAACACUAGUUUAUUCAGCAUUUAAAAUUACCUAAAAUUUAAAAUAAAAAUGGCAUUUAAAAUAGAAAAUUGUGGAUAUCUGCUUAACGAAGCGAUUUUGGAAAAAAAUGUAUUCUUGAUUUUCUCUUUCUUUCCACCCAUGGAUCCAUUUCCCGGAGUUUGGCUUUUUACUUAUGGGACACCCUGUAUAUUAGUAAAUCGUAAGUUUGGUUAUUUUAAGUGCUUGUAGUUAAUUGUUAUUUUUUCAUCUGUAAACUGGGCACAUAAAAAUAAAUGAUUUGGGGAAUCAUAAAUAUUUUAAAUGUAUAUACUGUAUUCGUGUACAUAUUUUAGUGUUUUCAUAUGUUAUGAAAUAUUGAUUUUAUACAUCAUAAGUUUUUUGACAUCAUAAAUUUUAUGAUUUAAAAAUCACAGUUUUUAUAUAUGAAACAAAUGGAUAGAAAUUCAUUAAGGGAUAAAACUGGACCCAGCUGUUCCUGAUCAUUGGGCUUUAAAUAAAUGAUCCUGACUAAUGAAACAGCUGAUCUUAGUCAGUAACAAAGCUACACAGGUCAUCACACACCAUUCUACACUCAUCCUUCACUCAUAUUUGGGUUAAAAUACGCACCUAGGUGGCGUCCCCAUCUCAAUGAUUGAUAAUUGAUAAUAAUAAUAAUUUUGUAAAUAAUUAAGAUCAGGUUGGCUGUAUUAUCAGGGAGUUCUGUAGAUGUGCAAAAACAAGUAUUUUGAACUAUGAUAAUGGCUUACAUAAUUUCUAUACUAUCUGUAAGCUAAUUUAAAAAAAGUAUAUUGUUUGUACUAUAAUUUAGAAUUUACAUUAAUACUGUAAUUCCUGUUUAUUUUUAAUACUGUAUUUUAAUCCUUUUUAAUGUUUAUUUAACUUAAUCCGUACAUAAAUUAUGUAUUUUAUUUUACAAUUAUCAACCAUGCUCUUGAAUAUGAUUUUUAUUUUAUUGUUAUGGCCAGUAUUGUUCAGUUAUAUUUAGAUGUAAUGCCUUGGGGAACCCUAUGUUGGGAAGUCACCUUUACAAGUCAAGUAGACUACUUAGACUGCACAAAUAAGUUUUAUUUUUGGGAUUUGUUAAUUGUUUGUGUUUUAAAUAAAAAAAUAUGUAAAAUGCA